UCGCUGCCGCGGGCACUCAGCUAACAAUUUUCGUUCGGAAUCUCAGAUAGCGGCUACAACAAUUACAACACCAGCUACGGAGGUAGCGGCGGCGGCGGAGGCGGAGGCUUCAUGCCCGGCGAGAUGAACAACAGUCCUUCUGGAGGAAAGAGCGACUACAACAACGCCACCCUCCGCCCCAUAACCAUCAAACAAGCGCUGGACGCCACCCAACCCUACCCAGAAGCCGGCUACCAGAUCGACUCCGCCGAGGCGGCGAGCGUGUGCUUCAUCGGGCAGGUCCGGAACAUCAGCUCGCAGAGCACGAACGUGACGUACAAGAUCGACGACGGCACCGGCGAGAUCGAAGUGAAGCAGUGGAUCGACUCGUCGUCGGGGGGUGGGGAUAGUAUGGAAACCGACGAGCACACCAACAAACCCGCCGGCAGCAAAUCCCAGCCCGAGGUAGACGGCUACGCCAAGGUGUUCGGAAAACUCAAGUCGUUCGGAAAUAAGCGGUUCGUCGGGGCGCAUUGCGUGCGCGCCGUCAAGGAUAUCAACGAGGUGCAUGUGCAUCUGCUGGAGGCGGCGGCGGUGCAUUUGUUUUUCACGAAGGGGCCGGUUGGUGAUUCCCAGGGGCAGGGGGCGGGAGGUUCUGGUGCAGGUGGUGCGGCUGGGGAUGCUUCGAUGGGUGGGGUGGAUGAUUAUGGUGGCGGUGGUGGUGGGCGGGCGUUGCCGGCGAUGAGUCCUGUGGCGAGACGGGUGUAUAACCUGCUCAAGACGGAGCCGCAGAGUAAUGAGGGGCUGCAUGCGCAGUUGAUUGCUGCUAAGCUGAGUCUGCCCAUGCCGGAUGUCGCUAGGGCCGGCGAUGAGCUGUUGACGGCUGGGGUGAUCUUCUCGACGGUGGAUGAGCAGACCUGGGCGAUUCUGGAGUAUUAGGUUUGUUGGGUUUGGGGGGGGG